UACAGGUGUUUAUUAACCGAAUAUCAUAACAGCAUACAUUAUAAUCGGCAAAAUAAUUUAGUAAAAUAAUUAUUAUGGAUGAUUUGAUGAAUCGAAUCAAUCAAUUUUUAAAUAUAUGAGAGAACAAAUAAAUCAUGGAUCAUGAAAAUUUCGAAAAUCCUAUGGAAGAACAUUCACGGACCAUUAUUCACAUUGAUAUCGAUUGUUUUUAUGCACAAGUUGAAAUACUAAAAAAUCCAAAUUUAAAAAAUGUACCAUUAGGUAUUCAACAAAAGAAUAUUGUGGUCACAUCGAAUUAUAUUGCCAGAGAAUAUGGAAUUAAAAAAUGUAUGCAAAUUGUGGAAGCAAAAAAACUAUGCCCGGAACUCGUACUAGCUAAUGGUGAAGAUUUAAAAGAUUAUCGUGAGAUGUCUUCAAAAGUACACGAAACCAUACGAAAAUAUUCACAGGCUGUGGAAAAAUUAGGUUUAGAUGAAAAUUUUAUUGAUGUAUCAAUCCUUGCAAAAGAAAAAUUAGUAAACGAAAAGUUUGAUAUAAUUGGUAAUAAAUAUGAAAAUUUAGAACAAGAAAAUAUGAAUGAAUUAUGUUAUUGUGGUUGUCGGCAACGAUUAUCAAUAGGAACUCAAAUAGCGAAUGAAAUACGACAAAAAAUUUUCACAGAUCUUGGUCUUACAACUUGUGCAGGCAUAUCCUAUAAUAAAAUGUUAGCGAAAUUAGUUGGCAGUACACAUAAACCGAAUCAACAAACUGUGUUAUUUCCAGAAAAUGUUCAAGGUUUUUUGAGAAGCUUAAAAAGUAUUCGUAGUAUACCAGGAAUUGGUUAUAAAACCUAUGAGGUAAUUAAAACUCUAGGUAUCCAAACAAUUCCUGAAGUAUUAGACUAUCCAACAGAUAAAUUACAAGAAUUACUUGGGAAAGAAUCUACGGCGAAAAUUGUAAAUUUAUGUCGUGGAUAUGAUCCUAGUCCAGUGAAAUCUAGUGGAAAACCAUUAAGUAUUGGUUUAGAAGAUAGUUGUCGAAAUAUUAAUGGAAAAUCGGAAGUAGAAAUAAAAUUUAAACAAUUAUUAACACGAUUAAUUGAAUUAGUUGCAAAAGACGGUCGUAUUCCAACUACGCUGAAAGUUACAGUACGAAAAUUUGAUAAAUCUCAAACUAGCCAUCGAGAACAAAAACAAACAAGUAUUCCUCCCUCAAUUUUUACAAAUUUCACUUCUACUUUAACGGAGAAAUCCGAAAAGAAAAUACUUUUAAUUAUUAUGAAAUUAUUUCACAAAAUAGUUGAUGUUAAUAAACCAUUUCAUAUCACGUUAUUAGGUCUAUCGUUUACAAAAUUUUUGGAUCGAUUAAAUAAUAAAAAUACAAUAGCUUCAUUUUUAAUGAAAAAUGUUACUGUACAAGCCGUUACAAAUUUACAAAAUAAUGAAUCAAUUACAAUGGAUGAUAGUGUACCUGACACAUCGUUACGACGAACAAAUAUAAUAGAAACAGAUGGAUCAGAAUCUGAAGUAGAGCCAUCACCGAAAAAAUCCAAAAUUGAAAGUUUUUUUGCAAAACGUCGUUGUUUAUCAUCGCCAAUGGAUUCACCAUCUCCUAGUAAAUUACGAGUAGCUGAGUUACGGUUGAAUUCAAUGGAAAGAAUCAAUGAAAAUGAAGUCCUAGAUUGCCCGCCUGGUGUGGAUCCAACAGUUUUUAGUGAAUUACCUAGUGAUGUACAACAAGAAAUUGUAAAUGAUUGGAAAAAUAACCAACAAACUUCGUCCUCGGCGUCAGUUUCGAGAAGCCAAUCAAAUUUUUCGAAAAACAAUAAGAAUUCAAUUUUAAACUAUUUAAUAACAGACAAAUAACAUUCAGCUGGAUUUUGUUAAUUUUCUAGAUAUGCCUCGCUACGGCAUUAUGAUUACAAGAAUAUUUGAUUGUGCGCCAUCUCACAUUCUUUAUGGGAUGCACAUACAAUUGGGCCUUAAAAUGAAUACAAUUCAAAAAUAUUUACUCAAAGUUAAUGGCACCUAAUAUUUACUUUUUCGUACUAAAAAUAGGCGGGAUCUAUGAUUUUCCGUUAAUUAAUUCAAUAGUUCAGAUAACAUUUGAUACUACGCGUUUUUCAAAUAAAUAUAAAUUAUAUUUAGUUAGUCUAUAAUCUAAGUACCAGCAAAAGUAUGACAAAAAUUCAAGAA